GCCUCGAUCAGGCAUGAUUACUGAACAACGCUCUACGAUGUCCGCGCUGACAGUUGAAUAGCUGAUGGAGCUUGCUGGGCUUGCGUGUGCACAAACGCUUGCCAAGGUCUACGACUCCAAACAGCAUCCCCGCGUUCUCGUCUGCUGUGGACCAGGGAAUCAAGGUGGAGACGGGUUGGUUGCCGCCAGACACCUGGGUGAGUCCAUCGCUCCUCCAAGUCGCCCAAGAUAUGUAUGACUCUCGACAAAAGCACAAUUCGGAUAUCAGCCAACUCUGUACAUGCCGAAAGUCGAGUAAACCGAUCGUUCCAGUGGACACACAUUCUGAGCGGACGUCUAGCCCGGCUCGAAGGAGAUCUACAAGCGUCUCCACACCCAAUGCAAAAACAUGAACAUCAAGACCCUCGACACCGGGGACAUCAGCUCACUCGUCUCCGCCCUCGCGUCCUCCGACGUCAUUCUCGAUGCCAUCUUCGGUUUCUCGUUCAAACCUCCGAUCCGCGCACCGUUCGACGCCGCUCUGCCGCUGCUGACCCAGUCUGGGCUUCCCAUCGUCUCGGUUGAUAUCCCAUCGGGGUGGGAUGUCGAGGCGGGCAACGACGCGGGGGUAGGGCUGCAGCCGGAUGUGCUGCUCAGCUUGACUGCUCCGAAGGAGGGAGUGAGAGCGUUCAAGGGCAGACACUUCCUCGGCGGUCGAUUUGUUCCCCCAGGUGUGGUUGAAGACCAUCAGCUCAACCUCCCGGCAUACCCCGGUAUGAGCAGAUCGUCGAAAUCACUGAUACCAGUUCAGGAAAACUGUAGAGAGUAGCUACAAAUGAAUUACGUUUACGACGUGGUAUGUAGUAGGGCCAUCCCCAGUAAAGAAAGCUCUGCCCCGAGCAAGGAAGUUUCCGAUUGUCUCAGGUUUGGCAGCUCGAGACUCUAAUGCAUUGUACCCAAAAACGUUGCCUAGUCACUGUCCACAUCCAUGUCGCCAUCCUUCCGCCGUAGAUCAGGAAAUACCAAGCUCCUCCUCGCCGGUCGUCCCUUGAUCCCUCCCCCUAGUUUUGCAUUGGGUAUCUGCAGUCGUGGAUCACACAAUCCCCAUUGCAGUUGGUCCCUGAACACAGGCCGCACACGGCGCCGGGUGGCUCUUGGGAGCUCGUCCUCCUCGUCAUCGUCCGAG